GUGGUAAUCAGUCGGAUAAAUCUGUUAAUGCCAUUCUACCGUGUUUUCUCUCUUGAAAUUCCACACAUUCCAUUGCCUCCAUCAAUGAACAGGAAAGAAAGUAGAGGAGUGGGUGGCCGGUCGGGGGGGAAUGGCAAAAGAAGCAGGGCGUGAUCUGACAUCACUUUCUGACCCUCCCCCCUCCCUGCUCCCCUUGGGGCCCCCUGAUUUCCCACCAGGAGGGAAGUGGGGGAUCUUUGAUGACAUCAUGGCGCGCUCAUCUCCUUUGUCUGCUCUGUCGUGGCUUAACUCAACACAGUCUCUCCUCCUGUUGCUGCUACUAGCCCAGCUGCUUGUCCUUUCGUGGUCACGCCCAAGCCACAAGUUCCCCCUCUGUGCCCGUCUGACAAUGAUGGUCCAGCAAAUGAGAAACCUGCAGAUGCUGACAAGGAAUCUUCAGAGUGAAAGUGAGUUCAGCGGUAUAGAGCUUCUGGAAUACAACCUUGACACUCUUCCAGAGAUGGAACACACGGCAAAUCACCUCAGUUCACUGAAGCUAAACGACUCUCUCUCCCAACUUUACACGGAUUUCCGCUCCUUUAAGCUGCACCUUGAUUGGCUGAUUGAUGUCCGAGUCAGUAUGAGCCUGCCGGUCUCUCUCAAGACAGUAGAGGUCACUAGAGGCCUACAGCAUAUCUUAAGCCUCUGCACCACUGCGCUACAGCAGAUCGCGUGCCCACUACCCCAGAUUUCCAUUCCUUCUUUCCCAACUCGACUCACAACCUGGGACGUGGUCCUCCUCUCCUACGAGAUUCCUGAACGGUUAGGAUUCUACUGUCAAUGGUCUACCAGAGUGCUGGUCCUCCUUAAGUCACAGGUUCAGGGCCUUUGACAUCAAGGUUCCCGCCACCUAGGUUCCUACUCUUUGCGACAACAAAUGCCUUCCUCCAAAGCGCUGUUAACUUUUUGAAUUUAACUAAAGAUUUCUGCCACUUUUCUAGGUACGCUUACUUACUGUGAAUGAGAAGUGUUCAACUUGAGUAUCUAAGAUUCAGCUUACUGUAACAUGUUGUCGUUCUUUCAAACAUAAUGCACUCUAUACGGUCAAUUGCUUUUUACUUCCCCCUGUGGUCUUAAAUCAGGGGUACUCAACUUUUACAUGCUGACUAGACCGAGCACGGGCUCACAAAAGACGCAAUUAGGACACGCGGGUUUGAAUAUCAAAACGAACACUGAACCAACUAUAUUAAUUUGGGGAUAGGUUGAAACACAUGAAACAUUCAUGGCAAUUUAGCUAG